CGCAACCAGCCACAAGCAACUUGCAACAGUCGCAGUCGCAGUCAGCCAACCGAAGGCACAGUGUUCUAACGAAAAUCCGUUGAUUUCCAAACUAAAAGCCGCAGGAGUAGCAAAAUUUCACUUAAUUGCAGUAGCGAUUAAUAAUUUGCAUUCCAGAAACUUUUGGCGCUCAAAGAAGUUACUGCAGCGCUACUACGACAUUUGUCAAUAGUUUUUCUACAGUUAACGCAGUUACAACAGCAACAACAACAGUAUCAUGUCGAUCUCCGACUUCCGUAAGAAGAAAUUGCUCUUCCUGUUCAACGUUUUCUUUGAUGUCAAUCAGAGCGGCGAAAUCGACGUUAAAGACUUUGAGUUGGCCAUUGAGCGCGUCUGCAAGCUGCGCGGCUGGGCAGAGAACACACCCAAGAACAAGGAGAUCCACGCGGUCAUGCUGGAGAUCUGGGAGGGCCUGCGCUCCAAGGCCGACAAGGACAAUGAUGGGCAGGUUUCCGUCGAUGAGUGGUGCAACAUGUGGGACGCCUACGCCAAGGAUCCCAGCAGCGUCAUGGACUGGCAAACCAAAUACAUGAACUUCAUGUUCGACCUGGAGGACGCCUCGACUGACGGCAGCAUCGACGCGGAGGAGUUCACAUUGGUCUGCUCCAGCUAUGGUCUGGACAAGGCCGAAUGCCAAGACGCCUUCCAGAAAAUGUCGCAGGGCAAGUCCGAGGUCACGCGCGACCAGUUUGCCGCCUUAUGGAAGGAAUACUUCGCAGCAGAAGAUGUGAAUGCGCCCGGCAAUUUCAUUUUCGGCAAAAAUGCAUUUUAACGCUCUAAAAUUUGCUCAGCUGGCUAAGGCGCCCCGCGUGGGCCCACAGCCAGGCUUAAAUUUUCAAGACGUUUUUGUGGUCUGAUUGCAAGUGAAGUGUGCACUCUUUGUGAAGUGAAGGGGUGUGAAGUGCGUUGGUGUGCUAAGGCAUACAUUUUGAAGCUGGAAUAUGCAACUUGUUUGAGUAUAAUAAAUAAAUAUAUAUUUAAUAAAUUAAUAACAGUAAAAAUUUUUAAUGAACAAUAAUUGAAAUGUUGAAAUCGCAUUGGCGAAAUUUUAAGGUAGCGUCAAAGUGAAAAGAGAAACCGAAAAGGGUUAACUUGUUUUAGCAGAAAUGUACUUUAUCGCAAUAAAAUAUGGAAGGCACAACUUUAUUUAGUAUAUAUACACAUAUAUAUAUAUAUAUAUGAUUCCUGAUCAAUGUGCUCAAUUAUAACUACUAUAUAAAGAAUAUAUACAACUGAAUAUUAGAUUAUAUCGAAAGCCGACACAUACAUAUGUACACACCUGUAUAAUAGUGAUUCCUUUGCGGUUCAAUUCGAUGGAAUCUCUGCGGUCGAUCGGCCACCAAGAGGCCUAAAUAGUAUGUAUGUGUGCAUAAAUAGCGUACAUUCCUGGUAUAAAGUGACUAAUUCGGUUUUCUUUUUUUGUAUAAAUGUAGAUAAAUGUUCACAAAAUAACUCUCAGUGGUGAAAAUUGUAGUAGCAGUAAAACGUAAUUAUAAAUUAGUUAACUCUUAACUGAAUUAAAUGUUUCCAAAUAUAAUGAAAAAACCAAAACAAAGUCUAGAAGAAAACUAAUAUUUAGUAAAAUAUAUGAUGUUUAAG